AUGUACUCAGUGGAAAAAAGUGCUCUAGUGCUGAACGCCACAUUUUUUCCUCCUGAAAAAUUCUACAUUGGUGGGUUUUCUAAUCUUCCUCAUGCCAAGUACUUCUUCAUAUUUUUGUGUUUUCUUUACAUCAUWACUCUACUWGGAAAUGGUUUUCUYCUGUCUGUUAUUUACUUUGUAAAAAAUCUUCAUACUCCCAAGUAUAUAAUUGUGUCUAAYCURGCUUUCACAGAUUUGUGUGGGAGCACUGCUCUCAUCCCUCAAAUGUUGGACACAUUUUUAUUUGACAGGAGAUAUAUUGCCUAUGAAGCUUGUUUAAGUUACAUGUUCUUUGUUUUUUUCUUUGCAUGUGURCAGUCAUGGACACUUGUGACAAUGGCAUAUGACAGAUUUAUAGCAAUUUGUUUCCCUUUAAGAUACCACAAUUUUGUCAGUAAUAAAUCUGUAGUUAUUAUGCUGCUGUUUUCAUGGCUGUUUUGGACAAGUUUUAUGACAACUACAGUUGGGUGUAUAACUCGCCUUUYUUUUUGUGGAUCUUUAGUGAUACAAAGCUCUUUCUGUGAUCAUGGUCCAUUAUAUCGUCUGGCCUGCAAUAAUACAUUUUUAAAUAACAUAUUAGCAUAUAUUCUCUUCAUUGUAGCCAUUUGUAUUCCUCCCACACUGAUAAUUGUAACUUAUGUUUGUAUUUCUGUYKCAYUGAGCAGGACUACAUCAAAGAAUCAAAGACUUAAAGCACUGAAAACUUGUACUUCUCACCUGAUUAUUGUUGCUCUUUUCUUUCUACCACUGAUGGGCACCAAUAUAGCUGCAGUCAGUUUUUACAUUCAUCCCAAUGCUAGAAUCAUAAAUGCUGCUUUAACUCACACAAUUCCUCCUUUACUUAAUCCUAUUAUUUACUCCUURAAGACAGAGGAAGUGUUGAAUGCUAUGAAGAAACUUUACAAAAGAAACAAACUAAAUGUGAUAAAACAGUGA